AUGGCGGUCAACUUCAAGCUUCUCGUAUCCUCUCCAGAGAUCAAUCCCCAUAAUCGCAAGGCAAAAUCAAUCCCCAUUCUUAACCCCUUCGAUCAAUAUGGAAAAGUUUUCUUUUUCUCAUGGAUGGGAUUUUUCGUUGCAUUCCUGUCAUGGUAUGCAUUUCCACCAUUGUUGACCGAGACGAUUAAAAAAGAUCUGGGUAUGACUUCGACCCAAGUCGCUAAUUCAAAUAUUGUCGCACUGCUGGCCACCCUCUUGGUUCGAGUGAUCGCUGGCCCACUUUGCGAUCGUUUUGGUCCACGCUUAGUAUUUGUGGGACUCCUAUUAGCCGGAUCCAUACCAACAGCCAUGGCCGGUCUGGUCACCAGUCCCAAUGGCUUAAUUGCUCUACGAUUUUUUGUCGGAAUUCUAGGUGGCACAUUCGUCCCAUGUCAAGUUUGGUGUACUGGAUUCUUCGACAAGAGCAUUGUUGGUACGGCAAAUUCGCUGGCUGGAGGAUGGGGUAAUUCCGGUGGUGGAAUCACCUACUUUAUCAUGCCUGCUAUUUUCGAUUCUCUUGUCUCUGCACGGGGUCUGCCUGCGCAUAAAGCAUGGCGAGUUGCUUAUGUUGUUCCCUUCGUCAUCAUCGUUGUUGUCGCUCUGGGCAUGCUAAUCCUCUGUGAGGAUACGCCUACUGGCAAAUGGUCCGAUCGUCAUCUCUGGGCGAAGGAGCUGGCUCCUAGUGACUCUAACGAUGGAAACAUUGUCGACAUCAACUCGGGUACCACCUCUACCGGACCCUCAACCCCACCAUCAUUAUACAACGCCGGGUUAAUCGAUCUUGAGAAGAAGGGUGGCGCACAGACACCUCAGAUUCGGGAUAAAGAGGCAUCCGCUAUCGGACAGAUGUCAAGUUAUAAACAAGACCUUGUCGUCGCUCCUACACGCAGGGAAGCACUUAGCGUCGCAUUCAGUCUCCCUACAAUGGCCGUUGCCAUUCCAUACGGCUGCACAUUUGGUGCCGAGUUAGCGCUGGACAGCUUCCUCGGUACAUACUACGCAGCUAAUUUCCCAACAAUGGGACAAACGGAAUCUGGACGAUGGGCCGCCAUGUUCGGUAUUUUGAAUAUUGUCUUCCGUCCAGCUGGCGGUUUCCUGGCCGACUGGAUUUUCCGUGCGACGGGUACUUUAUGGGCGAAGAAAGCCCUCGUGGUAUUCUUGGGUGUUGUCACAGGUGCUUUCUUGUUGGCUAUUGGAUUGACAAACCCGACUUCCGAAGCGACAAUGUUUGGUCUUGUUGCCGGUAUGGCUUUCUUUUUGGAAGCUGCCAAUGGAGCUGUCUUUGGGCUUGUGCCUCAUGUGCAUCCUUAUGCAAAUGGUAUUGUGUCCGGACUUGUCGGUGGAUUCGGCAACCUUGGCGGAAUCAUCUUCGCCAUUGUCUUCAGAUAUAAUGAAACUAACUACGGUGGAUCCAUAAUGAUUAUUGGAGCGAUUUGUUUGGCGGGAAGUCUUGCUGUCAGCUGGGUUCGGCCAGCACCAAAGACUGCUGCGAUUUAA